AAAACAAAAAAAAUAAUCUCCGAAAGAAUGUAAAGAAAAAAACCUAAAAAAGUGUACGACGGAGAAAAGUCUGUGCAAUGUGCGAAAAAUGUAUUAAAUUCCAAAAACUCUUAAAUUAUUUUAUUAGAAAACCGAAAUUCAAUCAAUUGUAAAUGUUAAAGCAAAGUGCGAAUGUUAAAUUAACUUCAAUGCAUCCGAAAAUUUACAAAAUUCAAUUAUUUUUAGCUUGCAAAUGACAUAAAAAAAGAGACAAAAACUUAUCAUUUGUUCUCAGUUUUUCUCGCACUCAUCCCAAAAAUAUAUAUAUAUGAAUUUUUUCCCAUUUCUUUUUCUGUCAAAAUCAAAACUUCGAAGAUGAAAAUUUUGUAAAUUUAAUUUUAAUUCUUUAACCAAUAAAUUAGAAAACAAUAAAUUCCAAUGAUUUGUUUAAAUUAAUACGCGUGUACAUAAAGUUUGUUCCUACCAAAAUACAAGAAUUAUCAAAAAAGAAAGGAAAAAAAAGUUCAUAAUGAAAAGUUUGUGUACAUAGAUUUGUUGUUUUGCGAAAAAAUAUCACAUUCUCCAGCUCCAGCUCCGGAGCCAGAGCUUGAGCCAGAGUAGAACGUCGAAGGGAGGCUCAUUUUCUCAAUCACAAAAAAUAAAGAGUGGAAGUGUAUUCCCGUAUUCCGUCGUUGGUCCGUACGUUGCCCGUUGUCCGUUCCGUGUACGCUGGACGGUGUACAGUGUACCCCUCGUCGAUCGAAAAUUCAACAACCGAAACAACAAUUUGUGCUUAGCGAAUGAAAGAAAAUAAAAAUAAAAAAAAAACAAAACUAGAUAAAAAAAGGUUUUUUGUUUCCUUUGUAGAGAAAUAAAAACAAUGACAAAGGAGCUCCGCGCAUCCCACGGAUGGUAGUUUGUCCUAAUCCUAAUCUCAAUUUUAAUAUUUGAAGUUUUAUUACUCGGGUUUUGUUAAAUAAAAACCUAAUUUUCAUUGAUCCGCGAAGGAAGAAGAAUUAGAGAGAAUUUUCCUCCACAUUGCUUUUUUGCUUGUGUUUUUCUUUUUGUUGUUGUUGUGUUUACAAGAGUGAGUGAGUGUUCCUACUUGGUACGCAGAAGGUAGGAGGCAGAAGGCGAAGGCAGAACACCACCAGCAGCAGCAGAACAAGAGACUUUUUUAUUGUUUGGAUCUUAUUUUGGUUCGUGGCGGAGUCGUAGUCGUAGUUAGAGUCAGAGUCGGAGUCAGAGUACUGGCUGCUGCUUCGAAAAAGAAGAAGAAGGAGAAGUAGGAGGUGGAGAAUGUGCCAUUUGCAUAAGAAAAACUAAUUAACUCCAAACAUUGCAAACAAAUUAUAAAAACAAUCAUGGAGUGUGAUGUAACUCCAGAUCAAUUCCCACGAAGCCAUGAAAAACUCAUCACCACCAGCAACGACUCAUUCCAAAAAAUCCAACUCCACUCCAAUUCAACCUCCACAUCGAAUCAUUCAUCAUCAGGAGCAGCUAAGCAACAUUUCCUUUCAACGGCGUCAAUCAUUUUCCCCUCGGUUAAGCACAAAUUGCAUACCUCAUCUGCAAAAUAUGUAACGCCACCGCCCUGCUCUAGCAACGAAGUCGAAUGUGAUCCACUUGCUCUUGACUCACCGCCCCCAUUGGCGGCAGGAAGUCCAUCAUCUCAUCAUCAUCAUCACAUAGCGCCGGCUAAAUUGGUCAAGCACACGCAUAGCCUGCGAAGGCAUAUACCCCGAAUAAUUGUGAAGCCUAUUCCGGAAAAGAAGCCAGCGCCCGUUACUUCACAAUCUAUUACUAGCAGUCAAUGUCGAACAAAGAACAGUAUGGCCACAUCUUCAUCAUCAUCAUCGUCAACAUCAACACCAUCCACAUCCUCGACAACGACAAUAUCUUUACGCAGCAUACCCAGCACAACAGCUCAAAUGCAAGCGUCUACUAUGCGUGAGGUACUCGCCUCAAUACCGGGCUUCAGUUUGAAGCCCCGAAGGCGAUCCAACAAAAAAAUGUCCACAGCAGCACAAAUUGAACAAACAAAAGAUGGAAAAAUCGAUUUAGAGACACCAGACUCGAUUCUGGCGAGCACAAAUCUGCGUGCGCUGCUCAAUAAGCAAACUUUUUCCCUCCUGCCAGCUCUUUAUCAGUACAACUUGAUUCAACUACUGCCGAGCGUUGAUCGAGCGGCAGCAGUAGAAACAUCCGACGCUGCCCUCGGCGCUGUUCGCCUAGGUCCGUCGAGUCUAAAUAAUGAAUUCUUUGCCCGCGCAUGUCUGGAAUGGCGGGAGCGGCUUUCCGAAGGUGAAUUCACACCCGAAAACCAAGUCAAACUGAAAUCCGAAGCCGAGAAGGAGAAGAACAAACUAGACCCAUGGAAGCUGAAACAUUUCGAACCAAUUUGGGGAGAUAAAAUAUCGAGCAGGCGAUACAAAACAAGUUCAACUUCGUCUGACGAAAACACCCCAUCAUUAUCUACAACGACGACGACAAUCAAAUUUGGAAAAUCUUCUAGCAAAACAGCACUGGGCAUGAGGUCUGAAACCUGCACAUCAGCUGAUGUUACCUCGUCAACAUCACCUUCGUCGUUAUCCACUUCAUCAACUAUCUCGACGCUGUCUUCAUUGUCAACAACGACGAGCAGCAUCUUACGGCCGCCAAUCAUCAAAGCCGAACCCAAAUCUAUUAUAGAAUGCAGAAUAGACAGCAAAAUGAAAGAUGAAGUGGAUUCUAUGACGAGGAGCACCAUAUUCUCAAAAUCCACAACACCCAGUGAUAAACCACAGACUGAAGAAUCUCCAGCACAGAGUGAUGAAUUUGCCUCGAAUGGCAAUAAAAGCUGCGUCGAUGAUGUUGAAUUAGACCAACAACAACAGCAACAACUGAUUCUUUUCGGCGGAGAAGUGAUUACUGCGGCGGCGGCGGAGGAGGAGGAACAGGAGCAGGUUGUCUUACCCAAACAGCCUUCGCCCAAGAGAACUCGCAAACGAUCCUCGACUAGCCCCACAUUCGCCGAAAGCAAACAGAUCAAAUUUGAAUCUGAAGCUGAAGCGCCUGAACCACCGCCACCUCCACCACAACCCAGUGAAAGUGAAGAAAUUAUAGAUGAAUCAGUGGUGGAUUCUCCCAAAUCAGACAUCGACUCAAAUCGGCUGGAUCCGGAAGAGGAGCUACUUAUUUCUAAUGUUUUGGAGAUGACUACCAACGAAGAGAAUGCUGAACAACAAGAGGCAGCUAAUGCUGAAGAAACCACCGGAGGCUUGUCGAAUCUUGGAGAUGAUUUUCCUUUCAACAAUUGUGGCCUGGACACUCCCAAUGAUACCACUGACACUUCGAACUUAGUUCCAACUAUAGUUGCUGAUGUUGUUGGGCCCGAUGGAGCAUUUCAUGCGCAGGUAUCCGCCAAUGCUUUCAACUUUCAGGAUAGUCUGUUUAGUACUUUCUCACGAAGACUACAACAAGAGCAUUUAGAGCAACAAAUGCAACAACAACAACAGCAGCAGCAUUCGUCGAUUGUAGGAGAGUCCUCGGCGGCAGCGAUGCAAAUACCCAGUGCAAUGGUAGAUCAGUUUAUUGUUUCAGACUUGGCGAAUAGCAGUGGCGUAGGAGCCAUGCUUACGUGCACCGACGAACACGAUAGCAACAGCAAUAACCUUAUCGAUUGCAACGGCGGUGGUGUGAGUUGUGACGAAAGCAAUACCAGCAUUAGUACCUGUGAUAACAUCGGGGUUGCGAUAAGGGCACGAAUCGCCCAAGCAGCAGCCGGUACAUUAGAUGAAGACGAUCCAAUAGAGCAGAAGUUUGCAGACGCCGAAAAUUACGUUUUGGAAUCAGGGGAAGUUAGUACAGAAAGUGGAGAAGUUAUCAAUAACAUGGAAAUUGCAGUACCGAAAGAAAUCUCUGAAAGUGAUCUAUUUAGUUCUCUUGACCACGUAAUGAUAGCUCAAGACUGCGAAAAUGUCUACGAGCAAAAUAAACAUCUAGCCAUUGAAACAGCAAGUAAUUCUUCUGAAGCGUCUAUAACAUCAUCACAGUGCUCUGCACAAGGCGGUGCUGGUAGAACAUCACCACUUAUGGUAAUGGCAACUACACAAUCACAUCCACCUCCAUCGCCAAGUUUGGAAGAGGCUCAGACACGGGAAAAUAUGUUUCAUCAUGUUCAGCACGAUUGGAAUUUCGGAUUGAAAAUGAACCAUACGAUGUAUUCAAAUGCUUCGACAUUCAUGAGUGAACAAAAUAAUUUCAUAAAUGAUCAAGGCAAUCAAAUUAUGGAUGAAUCGUUAAUUAAGAAGGAAGAUGAGCAUUUGUCACAGCAACAGAAACCAGAAAUGUUCCAUGAACAACAGGAUUUUGGUAUUGAUAUUGGUGAUAUAACAAACGAAGAAAUUGAAGUUCCAAUGACUGCUGCUGAAAUGGAAGUUACGAGCACCGUAGUCAAUAGCAAUUCGAACGAUAGCAAUGCAGAUAUAAAAAUGUAUGCUCCAUCUUCUAUAUCACAUAUACCAGGUGGCAAGUUGCUACUCGAUUCAAAUGGUCAGGUUAUUGGUAAUUUUUUAAUGCAUCAAAAUCGCCAGUUGACUAUGCAUGCCCAACAGCAGCAACAAAGACAGCAACAACAAUUACAACAUCAACAGCAACAACAACAGCACCAAAUCGCAUUCCAAACAAAUCAUUCACAACCAAAACAACAACAAAUUAAAAAAGUAAUUGAUUCGAGUGGAGUUCAUCACUAUACCACUGCCCAACAACAGCACCACACGAUAGAGAACUCUCAAAUACAAUAUCAACAACAACAACACCAACAACAACAGCAGCAGCAACAACAACAACACCAGCAUCGGCAAUUUAUAAAUAUUCAACAACAGCUUCCACAACAGCAACAGCAAAGCAAUACCUUGAUGCCUUCAUCGCCUACAACUACCGUUAAUCAAUAUCAACAGCAAUUGCAACCACACCAAUCUACCGGCAAAUUCAUACAGAAACAAAUAACCGUCAGUAUGCAACGUCCUGCUGCAACUAAUACCGUCGCAGGGGCCACAACAACAACAGCAACAACCACCUAUUUGAAUCCUGCAACAAUAAAAGUUCUCUCUAGCAGCGGAGUACCCUCGACAAUAGCACAACAGCGACCAAAAAUUCCCAGUGGUAAAGGUCGGAAGCCUACUAACAAUAAACUACCACCAGGCGCGGUCAAUUUGGAACGUAGCUACCAGAUUUGUCAGGCUGUAAUUCAAAACAGUCCCAAUAGGCAUAAUCUCACUGCGCAGCUUCGACCACCGUCAGCAAUUUUGGCAUCGGGAAGCAGCACUGGAACGAAUGCAGGAAACUCCCAACAGGUUGUUCCAGUGUCGGCGUCAUCGCCACAAAUAAAAACGGAGGAAGGUAUAGCUGCGGCGGUGACGCCACCUUUACCCACAAUUGGACGCACAGUUUACAAAAUUUCCGUCCCACAGGUUAUUGGACCGAGGAUGGGAUUUCCUCGGAAGAAAUUUGUUCCCCGGCAGCCAUCGCCAACGCUUAUACGUCAUGUCUAUGGACCACCGGGGACUGUUCAACAUGCCAGUAUUAUGCCCCAACCACAUCAGAGUGAAAUUCAACAACAAAAUGGCAACAAUCAGUAUGUUUUUGUGCAUAGAGCUAAUGUUGGAGCAGCAGAUAAUCAAGCACCAAGAGCAUCGAGUGCGCCUCCAUCCCAGAAUCAGCUUCAGGGAAUGAAUGGAGUACCAAUAACUGGACGAGGACGUCCGGCAUCGGUCGAUGUAGAUAUAACGAAAACAUUAAAUAUGCAUGAUCUUCACCAAACCAUAACCGCAUCAACUACUCCUCAUGUCAGACGAGUUGUUAAUCAAGGCGGUAUAACCUACAUCGACGCUUGCUCGAAUAUUAUCGACCAACAGCCCAAUUAUAUUGUCUCUGCUACAACCACAACAACUACCACCGCCGCAACAGUUGGAAUCACCGGAGGCACAUCAUCAGACAGCAAUAACCCACCAACGAAUUGUGCAUGCUCCCUUAAUGCUAUGGUAAUUUGUCAGCAGUGUGGUGCUUUUUGCCAUGAUGAGUGCAUGGGUGCGUCCAAAUUAUGUGUGUCCUGUGUCAUUAGGUGAGAGAAAAAUACCCCUUCCAAUGGAAUAUCUACUUUUACUCCUAUUGGACCCCCGUCGUCGUCGUCGUCGUUGUCAUCGUCGUCGUUUGUAAUUUGUCUCUCUGCCUUCGAAACAAUAUAGAAAAUUUUACAUAAAAAAAUAGUAUGUAGUGCAAAGAAAAAACAAACAAAAAUUAAUAAUGGAAAAGAAAACAAUUUAUUAUAAUAUUUACUCAGUAAUAUUAUGUUAUAUAUAUAUAACAACCAAUGUUGUGAGUAUGACUUAUGUUAAUGACGCUAUUUUGAGGCAUAAAUAAAAACGAGAAGUUAUAUAGAAAUAUAUAUAUAUAUAUACAAACAUAUAUAUAAAUAAAUUAUUAACAAAAAAAAAAAACAAUCUGCAAUAUGUAUUACUAAAAAUCCGCAAAUCCACAAAACACAAUACACUACACGCAAAUGUAGAAACUAUACUGACGUAAAUGUUUAUUCGUAGAUUUUCUCAACGAUAAUAAAUGAAAAAGUAUAAAACUUGUAAAUAUUUAAACAUAAAACGAAUAAAAGUAAAACAAACAAAAGAAAAUCAAACAACCUUUAAGACAAACGAGUUAAAAAUUUAAUUGAUUUGCAUGACUGAUCAGUUUUAAAUCAAUUCUCUCUCUCUCUCUCACACUUAAAAUUAGUGUAUGUAUUUUUAAUUAAUAAUAAAAAGAAAAAAAAAGAAAAACAACGUGGAACUAUUGUACGUGUUUAUUAAUUUUUAUUUAAUUGUUUAAAAAAAAAGAAAAGAAUUAUAAUCGCCAUCCCAGCUAAAACAAAUUUCAAUAUUUUAUAGCAAAAAUAAAAAGAAAACUACUUAGGCAGCAGCAAAAUUGUAUAAAAUAAAAUUAAUUAUGUUUACUAUAAUUCUUAAGAAAGAAGAAGAAAAGGAAAACAUCUCUAAUUUGCGCACAUACCAACUAGAGGCACACUUUAUACACAUAAAUUUAAAGUUCUGAUAGUAAAAGUUAUUGCAAUUUUUUACCAUAAAACAACAACAAAACAAAAAGUUAUACAUAAAUUGAUUUUCUGAUUUCUUCUUUCGAAUUUCUUUUCUCUCUUUCUCUCCCUCUCAAUCUAUCUGUCUCUCUGUCAAUCUAUCACUCUUUAAAAGUCAUUUGUAAAUAAAAUUCUUUUCCUUCCUGUUUUAUUUCCUUUUUCUAUCUUUUUACUUCACAAAACACACUCUUGUAAAUAAAUUUAUUUUUAAACAAAAACCAGCAACAGUAAAAUAAACAUAAAUAUUUUUAUAUAUUUAAAUACAAUCUAUUCUCUCUUAUAUGUUCAUAAAUGAUGUCUCUGUUUAAGUUAGUUGUUUGUUUUAUUAUUUUUUAUUUUUAAUAAUAAUUGUAAUAUCUAUAAGUUUGCCACCUUUUAAAUCAUUAAACAAAACAAAAAAAAACUAUAUAUAAAUAAAACACACAUCAUCAUUCUACAUAAUAUUAUGUAUUUGCAUUAAAUUUAAGUUUAAAUUUAUAAGUGCAUUCGUUUUCAAUUUAUUUUUUCUUUAUUUUUAAGGAAUUAAUGAAUGAAAAAGAAAUAUAUUCGGGGAAAAACAAAACAAACAAAAAAAUUGAGAAAAAAAAAGAAUAUAAAUUAAAAACCAUUUGUAGUGUAGAAUAUUUUAUAAAAAUUUUAUACAUUCACUUUUGUUGUGUUUAGUUUUUUAUUUAAUUUUUUUCUAUAAUUUGUAAUUUCUCGUUUUGUUUUUUUCAUAUUCUGUUCUGUAAUUUUUAACUGUUUCCAGUAAACUCUCUGUUUUUUUUGUUUAAUAUUUGUUUAAGAAAAUGAAAGAAAAAAAAAAGAACUAAAUAUAAAAUAAAACUUAAUUUUAAUUUAAAUUGGAAGAAUGAAUAAUAUUAUUGAGGUCGAAAUGAAUUAUGGUUACGAUAUUUGUGAAAAAAGUGAACUUAAUUACAAAAAACUACAAAAAUGAUAAAAAUUCAAUAUAAACAAUAUAUUCUAAUGUGAAAGAUUAGACAUUAAAAUAAUAAAAAAUCGAAAAAUAAAUUUU